UAGGGUUUUAUUUCCUCAUUUCCGUCUUUAUCCUUCACAGCUACCACCACACAGAGCAAGGGGGCGAGUGAAAAUGCCGGCGGGUCAUGGUCUUCGUUCUCGAACUCGGGAUUUGUUCUCAAGGCCCUUCAGGAAGAAGGGUUACAUUCCUUUGACAACCUAUCUCAGGACCUAUAAGAUUGGUGAUUAUGUCGAUAUCAAGGUGAACGGCGCCGUCCACAAGGGUAUGCCUCACAAGUUCUAUCAUGGUCGCACCGGUCGUGUCUGGAACGUUACCAAGCGUGCUGUUGGCGUUGAGGUCAACAAGCAGGUAGGUAACCGAAUCAUAAGAAAGAGGAUUCAUGUGCGGGUGGAGCAUUUGCAGCCUUCAAGGUGCACAGAGGAAUUCCGUCUAAGGAAGAAGAAGAAUGAUGAACUGAAGGCCCAGGCAAAGGCAAGAGGUGAGGUCAUUAGCACAAAGAGGCAGCCAGAAGGCCCUAAACCUGGUUUCAUGGUUGAGGGUACACAGUUGGAAACUGUUACGCCCAUCCCAUAUGAUGUUGUUAACGAUCUCAAGGGUGGUUACUAGGUCUACAAUUUCUAGGUUUUUUUCAUGCUGUUUGGUUUGUGUUGCCAACUUUUGUUGACUGGAUUAGUUUAUUCAUAUGAGCCUCAACUACUGUCAGUUUUGAAGAGGUAUUUGGAGAUUUAUGCAUAUCCAAAGAUGCAUGGUUUAUUUCAUUUCCUCUUUAGAUAUAAUGGGAGUUUUUCUAUUCAAA